UAAAAUGUAUGAAAUCCCUAAUAUAUAAAAGUUCAAAAACAUGUGUCUCUUACUGCCUCUGGAUUCCACCGCCCUAAGCCCACCAUCAACGCCACCGCCACCGCCACCAUCACCUCCACCGCUGCUAUUCGCCGCCGGUAGCUUUUCACGGCAGUAAAGGUUACUAUACAUAUUAUGGAUGGGUUACCUGCAAAUAUCUUUUAGUUGACUUGAUAGUGUACAAAAUUCCAGUCUUACGUACCCUGUGAGCUCCCCAACCCUUCUAUAUACUCAGAUACUUAAAAUCUAUGAAGCCACAAAGAGAAGAUUCAGAAAAUCAGAGUUACUGGUUUGUCUGAGAGCUUUUGAGUUUCUUUUCAAGCUAUGGCCUCCAAGGACGGGCUUAAGGAAAAUGAGGCAGUCGAGAAACCCUCAGAAAUUGAUAGAGUCGAAAAAUCCAUCAACCAAGUGGGCGAAAGUUCUAUUGUCUUGCCGCGUGUUGUGCGUAUUUACAUGCCGGACAGUGACGCCACAGACUCAUCUAGUGACGAGGAGGAAAAGCUUCAAGGAGAGAAGUCCAAGAGACAUGAAAGGACGUGUAUAAAGGAAAUCAUCAUUGAGAAUGGAAAGACCAGGGUCAUUUCAAAGAAGACGUCCAAAGAGAAGAAAGAUAUAAAGCUGCUCCCAGGAAAUGUGAAGAAGUACAAGGGAGUUAGACAACGAAGAUGGGGCAAAUGGGCAGCAGAGAUCCGAGACACAAAAAACAAAACUCGGCUUUGGUUGGGCACUUUUGACACUGCUGAAGAAGCUGCUUUGGCUUAUGAUAAGGCAGCCAUUGAAAUAAGAGCAAUGGCCUCCAAGGAAGAGCUUCAGGUAAAAGAGGGAGUCAAAAAACCUUUAGCAACUGAUGUAGUCGAAAAAUCCAGCAAUCAAGUGGGCAAAAUUUCCCAUGUCUUGCCGCGUCUUGUACGUAUUCACGUUCCGGACCAUGACACAACUGAUGUAGUCGAAAAAUCCAGCAUUCAAGUGGGCGAAAUUUCCCAUGUCUUGCCGCGUCUUGUACGUAUUCACGUUCCGGACCAUGACACAACUGACUCCUCUAGUGACGAGGAGGAGAAGGUUGAAGAAGAGAAGUCUGAGGGACAUGAAAGGAUGUGUGUCAAGGAAAUCAUCAUCGAGAAUGGAAAGACCAAGGUCAUUUCAAAGAAGACGUCCAAAGAUAGAGACUUAAAUCUGAUGCAAGAAAAUGUGAAUAAGUACAGGGGAGUAAGACGGCGAAAAUGGGGCAAGUGGGCAGCAGAGAUUCGAGAUACAAGAAAGAAAACUCGGGUUUGGUUGGGAACUUUUGACACUGCCUUAGAAGCUGCUUUGGCUUAUGACAAGGCAGCCAUUGAAAUAAGAGGUGCUAAUGCUUUGACAAACAUCCUCAAGCCACCACCGAAGAAAAACAACCCCAUCAAGAUCAACUUCAUCGUGCCACCACUAAAAAGACACAAGGCGGAUCUGUAGUUCAGAUAAACUGGAUUGGUUCAACCUUCCAUAGGCGGAUCCAUUAAUUAUGAGGUUCAAAAGUUAAUAUAUGUUGAACUUUUAGUAGUUUUUCACAUAUACAUCUGUGUACCGUGUGAAGAAUUCUAGGUUCAUUUGAACCCGUUAAACAAAAGCUGCAUCUGCAUCUGCUUCUGAAGGGGGAGAUCAAUUUCUUUUAGCCACCAUCUUUACCUACAGAUGAUGCCGGGGAUUGAAACUGCUUUACCGUUUUUCUGUACAUUUUAUUUAGUGUUAAACUUGGUUAGUUCCCAGCUAACUGAGAUGUUCUUAAAGCAUGUACAGUGGUUUUGUAAUGCUUUACUGCAUGUUUUUGAUAUAGAGGAAACUGCAGCUUCCUUA